GGGGCAACCUGGUCGAGUGGAAGGUGUCCCUGCCCAUGGUGGAAUGGGAUGAACUUUAAGGUCCCUCCCAACACAAGCCAUUCUGAGGUUCUAGAUGGUGACAGGGCUGUGGGAUGUGGGGUUGGGGCUCCUGAGGGACCCUGCUCCAGGUGUCCACAAGGGACUUUGCUUCUGGUGGGAAUGUCUUGCCAUGUACAGCGGUGCUGGCUGGAUGAUGGUGGAUCCACAGCCUGGGCAGAGGCCAUGCGGAUUCGGGGCGUUCCGGCAAAACUGCUGAGUGUUGCCUUUCCUGCCACGAAAAAGCCAGAGCAGCUUGAACUAAAUCGGAUCCUGCUGAUUGGAAUUAGUUCAAAUGCAGAUGGAGCUAACUAAGCCGGCGCUAAGCGUUGGACAGCCCAGCGCCCAAUUCCCAUCAGCUGAUUCAGGGGCUUUUCUGAGCGGCAUUAACGAAAUGCCACCGUGGCACAGAUGCCCAUUGUGCCGGGCGCCCACCCUCCCGCCCACGGGCACUCUGGGAGCUUGGGGCACCCAGCAGGGUGCCAGGGUGGACAGAUGGAUGGUAUUGUGGCACCAGAGCCCUCGUGGUUCUGAGUGUGCCCGUGAAGUGCAACAUAGCUGUAGGAAAAAUCAUCUCCCCUGCAAGGCGCCGGGAGAUGGGGGCAGAGGCGGGGUCUGAAUUAAUCGGUGGCUUUAUUCAGUUUGGCAGGUGGCUCCUGCAUCUCAGUGAUGCUCCAUGGGCAGGGCUGGGAUGGCUCCAGGAGGGUGCUGGGCUGUGUAUGGCAGUGGUGGUGACAACUUGUACCAGCGUGGGGGUGUCCCCAGGGACCUGCAUUGCUGGGCCCCAGAGUCAAGGGUGCCCUCAGCUGCUGUGACAGGUCACCAGCAUCUCCCCGGACCAGGGCUGCGCCUGUACCGUCCCUGUGCCAGCACAUGGUUUUGGUGACCCCCUGGGUGCUUUCCCCUUGCCUUUCCUGUGCUGUCACAUGGAUUCAGUGAUCCCCUGGGUGCUUUCUCCUUGCUCUCAGCUGUUUGCCCCAGGGACCAUCAGGGACCUGAUCCUCAUCCAGCAAUGGCACGAGCCACCCACGGUGCCCGUGUCUGCCAGGGACACAGGUCAAUGUCCCCGUGAGGAGCUGCCUCUCCGCAGGGAGGAGGUGACGUCCAUUGCUAAUCGGCCAGAUGGUGACACCCGGCGGGACGCCAGCCCUGAGGUCACCGCAGAGCUGGGGCUCAGGUACGGCAGGAACCAGUGCCAUCAUCCAUCCCCCGCAUGGCCCUGGGUGCCCUGACCUGGGUCCACCCUGCAGGGACAGGGAUGGGGACAGGGAUGGGGUCAGGCAGCUCCCAGCACGGAAAAUCCAGGCGGUGGGUGCGUGCUGGGGGAGCUGAGGCACCGGGAGCGGGGCUGCGUAAUGAACCCCGAGUCCCGGCGGGGAGAGGCGAGCUCCUGGCAGUCAAGUGUGCUCAGGCUCUGAAUAAGAAGCACUUCAUUCUCUUUUCAAACUGUAUAAUUUCUGCCUGAUUGUAAUGGCAUAUUUUAAAAUUACCAGAAAUCGAAGCCAGAAAAUGGAUACGGCUGCUUUUACUGCGAGCUGCGUUAACAAAGGAUAUGUAAUGCAUGAAAUAAAAACACCUCCCUGCCCCCCUCCUUUUUUUUUUUAAGACAGUAAUAGGAGAAAAUUGGUUUUGAAACUGAAUAAAAGUCCCUUUCAGAGGAAAUCAUUUCUUUCAGGGUACCUUUGCUGAAAGUAAAAUAGUGAAUAAUGAAAGGUGGUUACAUGAUUGUCUUUCAUUUAGAGAGCACGAGGACAGAUGGAAUCUGGGAGAAAUGCACGAUUGGAAUAAUUGCAUGGUAACAAGGCGCUUGUUGUGAAAUUAGUAUCUUAAGAAAGUAGUGAAAAAGGCUUUUACUCAUGAAUACUUCAUUAUUAGAAGAAAACAGCACAAUUUGGGUUCUCCAGACACCUGCUCGGUAUUAGAUUACUUCCUCCUCCCCUCCUCCUCCUCACACCUUUUGCCGAUGAGUCUCCAUGCCACCAGUUUGCUGGGGGGGGAUGGGGUGAGACCGCAGAGCCCAGCCAAGGGACAGACGCCCUGCAUGGAUCCCGUUCCAGGGACAAUCACAGAGCCUGGGAGCCCCUGCCUGUGGAGGGAGCAAGUGGUGCACGCGCAGGUACCGUCUGCGCCUGUGAUGGCUGUGAAGGGCUUCCAAAGGGUGACACUUAAACCAGUGGAGCACGGAGAGCCCCGAGCAUGCCUCUGGGAUCAUCCGUUCCUGCUUGGCUUCUUAGUGGUGAUGGUCAUGGGCUCUGCCAGCACCUGCCCGAGGCCACCACAUGCCUGAGGCCACCACAUUGCUCCCCUGCACGGCAGUGCCAGCACCUCUCACCAACACUGGGACAUGUGGGAAACAUCCUGGAUGGCUGCAGGAGGUCACGAUUCCCCCACAACAGAGAAGAUGAAGUGAUGUACUCAGCAGUGACACCCAUCCGUGACAUCCAGUUGUGACCCCCAGCCAUCCGUAAGCGUUCAGCUGGAGAGCGAUGGCUCAAGAGCUGUGACACCGUGGAUGGGCACCACUGCCUUUUUUCCUGCUGCUCCCGCCCACAUCUCCCUGCCCUCUCCAAGUGGGAAUAUCUCUCCCCGCGCCAGCCGGAGUAGUGGGAGGGUGUCAGCAGCAACUGGUUAUAACUCACAGCCUCGCGGCGGCUGGUGAAGGACAUACAGUGAGCAGCGCAGUGGCGGCGGUGACUUUGGCCUGACCCCUCCAGCUUUUGUCGAGCAGAUUUUGAUGCCAGCUGGGAGCUGGCGACAGAUCCCAGGACCCCGAGUGGGAUGUUAACACUGUCUUUCCCCAGCCUUGGCCAGGGUCACUCUGUGCUGGGAGGUGCUGACUGGCACGCCGGCAGAGCAGUCUGGCACUGCUGGAGCACGGUGCCGUGGGGAUGCCCCAGCUCUGCCCCCUUCCCAGUGGGAAGAGCGGAAAGCUCUGCAGGCAGCACAGAUCACCCACUGAGACCUUCAUAUUUCUUUUAUAUACAUUCCUAUUUCUUUCAGGCUCUCUGAUUUAGUUAUUGAUCUCCAGAGGAGCAAAGGGCACUUGAGUGCUGUGGAGAUCCUGCCACUGGCUCUGCUGGGUGGGCACAGAGUGGUGGCAGCGAGGUGGGCAGGUCCCCUCCCUCACCCAUGUCUCUCCUCUCUCACAGGGUGCGGGGCGGCAGCGCCCGCCAGGAAACCCAGACCAUGCUGGCCUGCCUGCAGAGGACCCAGAACCCCCCAGCCCAACACCUCCCCUGCCCCAACAAGGCGCUGGAGCCGCGCAAGUGUGAGACGGUGGCACCGAUGCAUUCCCCGCGCUACCCCAGCCCCGCCGAGCUGGACGCCUACGCACAGAAGGUGGCCAACAGCCCACUGACCAUCAAGAUCUUCCCCACCAACAUCAGGGUCCCCCAGCACAAGCACCUUAACCGGACGGUCAAUGGCUACGACACCACAGGGCAGCGGUACAGCCCCUACCCCCUGCACGCCGGCGGCUACCAGGGUCUGCUGGCCAUCGUCAAAGCCUCCAGCAAAAGCGUGGUGAAGAACUCGGAGGGGAAGCGGACUAAGCUCUCGCCCGCCCAGGUGGGCGUCGCUCCCUACCCCGCCUCAAGCACUUUAGCUCCAGGUCCCUCCUGCGCCGGGCAGCUGAGCUACCACGGCAGCCAGAAGCAGCUGGAGGGUCCUGUGCCCAACGUGACGGUGGCGGCCUCGGUGCUGCCGCUGGCGGGCAGGAGCCUGGCCCUGCCACCCUCCAACCUGCCCUCCAUCCAGAGCAUCAUCUACCAGAUCAAUCAGCAGUGCCAGGCGCAGGGUGCCCAGCCGGGCUGCCCGGCCGUCGUGGCCGCCCACCCCAGCCCAGCCAAGCACGGCGCCUUCGGCACCGCCUACGCCGGCACCGUCCUGCCCGAGUGCCGCAAGGGCGCCGACCUGGCACUGGGCUCCAACCCGGCCGCUGCCCUGGGACCCAAGGCAGGCGUCUACCCCGAGGGCAUGGACUACCUGGUCUGGCAGCAGAAGCAGCAGCAGCAGCACCUGCGAAUGUACAGCGGGGGCAGCGGCGGUGGGGGGGCCCUCAGCAAGUCCCCCGAGACGUGCGCGGGCGCCUCGCGCCCCUACGGCCUGGGCGGUGCGGCUGAGAAGGUGAGCUCGUCCCCCUUGAACUGCAUGCACGGCAACUUCUCAGUGGGGCAGUACUUCGCUCCCCCUUGGAACAGCAUCCUGGUGACCCCCAACAGUGACUGUUACAACCCGCCGGAGUUGGGGGCCGGGCCCCGUGAGCUGGGGGUGCCCCCGGCUGAGGGGCUGCCCAGCAAGACGCUCUGCAAUACCUCCAUCCUCAGCAGCAGCCUCCAGUCCCUGGAGUAUCUCAUCAACGACAUCCACCCGCCCUGCAUCAAGGAACAGAUGCUGGGCAAGGGCUACGAGACCGUGUCUGUGCCAAGGCUCUUGGACCACCAGCACGCCCACAUCCGCCUGCCCGUCUACAGAUAAGGGACCGAUGCUGCUCUUCCCAAACCCAGGGCGAGGACUUUGGCACGAGCCGCGCUCCCCUCCGGCACUGUGCCGGUACUGGACCGCGGAAGCGAGGGCGGGGGGACAGGGAGGGGGACACGAGGUCGGCUGCCUAAAGGGCUCCUGGGACACUGGCAUUUCACCGGGGUCCCCAAACUGGAUACACCUGCGACCUGCUGGAAGCCGAGGCUGAAGGACUGCUUGUCUAUAUAGCUCAGAAAUCAUUUUAUCUCCACGAAUGUGAACAGGGAAUUGCUACGAGUUGCUGCUAUCCAGGGAGGGGAGGCUCUGCCACGCACUGGCAGCGCCGGGUCCGUGCGGGACAGAGCCCUGUGCCGUGGCUGGCCAGGAGGCUUCAUGGUGGGUCCCGGCCCAGCUGUGGCCAGGAGGCUCCAUGGUAGCCAGUCCUAGCCCAGUGGUGGCCAGGAGGCUCUGUGGUAGCCAGCCCUAGCCCAGUGGUGGCCAGGAGGCUCCAUGGUGGCUGGUCCCAGCCCAGCCAUGGCCAGGAAGCUCCACAGUGGCCGGUGCCAGCCCAGUGGUGGCCGGGAGGCUCCAUGGUGGCCAGUCCCAGCCCGGUGGUGGCCGGUCCCAGCCCAGUGGUUGCCAGGAGGCUCCAUGGUGAGUAGUCCCAGCCCAGUGGUGGCCGGUCCCAGCCCGGUGUGUGGCCGGCGUGUGGCCGCAGGGAGCUGCCACCUGACCUGUAGCUGAAGUCCGUAACUUGCACUGCUUUGAUUAAAGCUAAUAACUGGGGACAGUCUGGAGGCUAUUUAAGAAAAACACUUGAAAACUUGAACAGAUUUUUUUGGGUUUUUUUUGGUUUUUUUUUUUUUAAUUUUUUUUUUUAGUUGACUAGGCUGUACAUCUACGUGUUGGCUGCUACAGAGUCUCCUCCCACCCCUCUUCCUCCUCAUCCUCCUCCUCUCACCCGGCCCGGCGGUGGCCACCGGCUCCUAAUCCCACUCAACCAGGAGGUUCAGGACCCUCUCUCCCCCUGGAACCCCCCGGCUCUCACACUUCCAGGCUGUUUUAUUUCUCCCCCUUACUGUCAGUUCUACCUUGGUUCUGGGUUAGAGGUGACCAUGGUACCAGGGCACUCACAUACCUCCUUUUUUUCUCUUUUUUUUUAAAAAAAAACCCCAAACAAUUCCAAAAUGCUCAUUAUGGUCCGUUAUUCACUCUGUGUAAUUCCAUGUUUAAUAGAUUUGUUCAUUUAAAAAAGGCUCCUCACCACUAAAUACAAAGUGUUUUGAUGUUUAAAGGUAAAAGAAGAAUAAUAUCCCGAUGAAACCCAAGGUGAUUGUGCUCGGAAAAGAGGUACUGUAUCCCUGAAAGCCUGUUCAAGCACUAAGUGCAUUUACAAAUCUCUGAGAAUGUUUUUUUUUUAUACUAAAAUUGACCAUUAUAUUCUACUGUGAGAAGUGCUGGCUGCACUAUAUUGUUUUAAAAAUGAGAAAACAAAUGGAAAAAAAAAAAGGUAAAAAAGAAAAAAAAAAACCAACACAAAACCCGCAAGCCGUGUGUCCGGAUGGUGUUUUUCCCAAAGUAAAACCAGGAUCUCGCUGGA